GAGACGAAACCUUGGAAGGCUUAAACUGAGAAAAACAAAGCCGUUGGCUUUUGUAAGCCGCUCGUUCUUCGAGACAAAACACACUACACUACACAAGUACACAUUACUCUCUCACUCACUCAUCUCUUUCCUCUUUCUUUCUUUCUUUCUUUCUUUCUUUCUUUCUCUCUCUCCUUAAAAUCCGACGAAAUUAUGAUUCACUUUACCUUUUAAUCAGGAAUAUCCCUGUUUUUAACCUUCUUCUUCCUGAGGUCUUCAUUACAUUCUUCGUUUUCUUGGAAACAAACAGUCUAAUCCCAAGUUCAAGGGUUUUUUCCCAUCUUCAGUAGAGGCUAAAGCUAUGAGCUUUACAAGAUGGGAAGUGUUCUGUGUUCUCUCUGUUUUGGCCUUGACAAUGCCGUUCUCAGCUGGAGUCACUAAUCUACGAGAUGUUUCGGCGAUUAAUAACUUGUACAUCACUUUGGGAGCACCAUCUCUAUCUAAGUGGCUUGCUUUUGGAGGAGACCCUUGUGGAGAAAACUGGCAAGGUGUGGUUUGUGACUCCUCGAACAUCACAGAAAUAAGGAUACCCGGCAUGAAGGUUGGUGGAGGCUUAAGUGAUACUUUGGCUGAUUUUUCAUCUAUUCAAGUGAUGGACUUCAGUAGCAAUCAUAUUUCAGGGACAAUUCCGCAGGCUUUGCCUUCGUCCAUCCGAAACCUAUCUCUCUCGGGCAAUCGCUUCACUGGGAAUAUUCCCUUUACAUUGUCAUUUCUAUCCGAUUUGUCUGAACUGUUGCUGGGAAACAAUAUUCUAUCAGGAGAGAUACCAGAUUACUUUCAGCAGUUAUCAAAACUGACAAAACUGGACUUAUCGUCUAACAUACUGACCGGGCAUUUACCUUCAUCCAUGGGAGACUUAGCAUCUCUUAAGAUAUUGCAUUUGCAGGACAACAAGCUCACCGGAACACUUGAAGUUAUAGAGGACCUUUUCUUGACUGAUUUGAAUGUAGAAAACAACUUAUUCUCAGGACCAUUGACGAUGCGUCAAAUAUGUCUUCAUUAUAGUAUGAAGUAUAAGUCCUGAGAAUAAGGCCAUUGACUUCGGAAAAAUGAAAAGUCUAGAGAUUUUAUAUCA